AUGAUACGGCUUUCCGCUGAGACCGGGCUCAAAGCCUCAGUGGGAGGCGCAUACGUUACGAACAAGUGGUGCUCACAAAAGCUCUUUAAAGACCAGCCCCUCCAUUCUCUAAUCUUCGCCUGCCUCCUCUCCGGGAUAUCUCUCUUGCUUCUUAGCAGGUUCAGCUCAUCUGCUCCAAGGAUAUCGCUCGCGACGCACAAAUAUUCCGCUAUCCCUCUCGCUGAGCGCAUUGACGCAACACUUGCGGAGAUACCUCCCUCGUCGAGCAGUUUCACUGGCGAGUCUCUUGCCAUCAAUUCAAGCCGUCGAGCAUGGUGGAUCAACAUUGGCAUCGUCUCGUUGCUUGCGUGUGUUCGGGUUGAAUUAUACCGUCAAGUCACCGUGAAGAUCGAAUGCGCACCAGCUGGAUACACAUAUGCCAUUCCUUUUCUCGUCUCGAUCUAUGACUAUUGGCGAAACCAGCGUUCACGACCAGCUCCACAACGGCAGGACGAAGAUACAGAUCUCUCUUCUAAUGCGCGCAUUCGAAAAUUUAUGACGGCCGUCAGGCGUCUCUAUGGCUUUCUUUGUCAGAGUCACAUACGAUACGUUAUAUCAGCUGCCUUCCUUAUGAUCGGUGGAUAUCUCGCAACAGAAUUUCAGGAAGGCAUACAAUCAACUUACAUCUGCCCAAUUACGUCUGGCCAGUAUUUGCAAUUACGUUUCGUUAGGAUUUUCAGUGUCGUCCUUGACACGCUGGUCCUGAUCGCUAUUGGCGAGCUAUUUGGGGAUGCUGCUCGGCCUCGAGAAGGCAGAAGAAGACAUCCGUUGGUCGCUUGGGGCUAUGCCUUUCUUGGAGUCACUGCAUUUUGGACUCUGAUAGCCAUUAUACUUGCAAUUAGAUCCAGGGGUCAAAGUAAUGGAUUCGUCGACGCUCAUUAUCUACGAAGUGCAUUCAACCAAGGUCUCCUGGUUACACUUCUUGUGAUUGCCGCUUCUCAGAUGAUUCCCUUCUAUGGAGUGAUUGGUGUUACUAUAUUAGCUGGGUUUGUUUUUGGUUGCUUCUCAUUGUCUUCCACCUUAUUUAACGGGCAGGAGCCAUUCCCGUUGAUUUUCCCUUCCCAUGCCUUCUUUUCACUCUUCGCUACAUACUUGGGAGGCAUGCUGUUUCUUUGUAGUCGGAUGGCAUCUGAGGAAGAGCCUUCAUUCCUGUAUGGCGCCAAUAUCGUGAUGCGGACAUCCUUCUCGGUGUUAUUUGGCAUUGGCCUUAUUCUAGUUGCCAAUCAACCAGCGGAGGCCAACCUCCACUCUAUUAGCCUGCUCAUCCAUCUGGCUAGACCGCAACAUGACACAUGGCUAUCCCAAGCGAAAAGCAGCAACAGCAUCGCUGAUGCUGUCGCAAACUACCGAAAAAGAUAUAAACAACAUCCUCCACCAGGCUUCGAUAAAUGGUACGAUUAUGCUGCGAGCAGAUCAUCCGUGGUUAUCGAUGAUUUUGAUCAAAUUCAUGCGGAUCUCCUCCCAUUUCGAGCAUUUUCACCCGGAAGGAUUCGCGAAUUAACGCAUGAGUUGGCUACUAAUCCAUUCAAUGACAUUGGCGCAAUCUCAAUCCGGAAUGGCACCGCCAGAGUCCAGGAGGGGAUUAAACCCACCCACGCGUGGAUGGUCCAGGGUGCUGCCAAGAUGAUUGAGAAUUUUGCUCAACAUCUUCCCGACAUGGAUCUCGCAUUCAAUCUGAACGACGAGCCGCGCGUGGCAGUACCAUGGGAAAUGACCUCCGUCAUGAGCAACCAAGCGAAAUCGCAUCGCCUAGCUUCCGAUAAUUCGCUUGCCAGCGAAUGGUCGGUAGACCGUGAUUCGCAAUGGGCUGCUAUUGAGCCUGCAGACCAGACCACCACGACCGUCUUUACGGAUAGCUCUUUUCGACGAAUAUUCGAUCGUUACGUCAGCGUUCUUUGUCCACCCUCGUCAAAAGCUCGAUCUCAGCGAAUCUGGGACCGCCGCCACAUCUGCUUGAGUUGCAUUCGGCCUCAUUCGAUGGGUCAAUUUCCUUUGGAUUGGAACAGCAUGACCGACAUAUGCCACCAGCCCGAUCUUGGUUCACUUCAUGGCUUUUUUAUCUCACCCGCAUCAUUUAAGGUUGCUCAAGAAUUGACGCCUGUUUUUAGCCAAAGCAAGGUGUCUGGAUUCAACGACAUUUUGUUCCCUAGCCCGUGGAACUAUGUGGAUAAAGUCAAGUAUGAUCCGUCCGAAAAGCAUCCCGACCCGAACUACCUCGAGAAGGAUAACACAUUAUUCUGGAUCGGCAGUACGUCAGAAGGCGCCAGUCGUGCGGGAGAAUGGAAGGGAAUACCUCGUCAACGCUUUGCACAUCUCAUCAACAACAACACUCUGAACCAUGUGUCGGUGUUGCUACCUAUUGACAGAGGCAAUGAGACCUUUCAGUAUCGAAUUAUGGAUGGCUCAUCGCCCUCAAAGUACCUCGGAUUGAACACCACCGUGCACAUUGCAGACCCUAUCGUCCGGUGCGGCAUGGAUUGCAAUGCGCAAAAGAAGGAGCUGGGCAUGACGUCGAAGGUCGACUUCCAAAGCCACUGGCAGUAUCGGUAUCUGUUUGACCUGGACGGUGCGGGCUUCAGCGGACGGUUUCUCCCAUUCCUGCAGAGCCAUAGCCUCCCCUUCAAGACGGGCUUGUUUCGACAGUGGUUCGAUUCGCGCGUCACCCCGUGGCUGCAUUACGUCCCCGUCGACAUCCGUCUUCACGGAGUGUGGAGCACCCUUGCCUAUUUUGCGGGCGUCGACGUGCCAGUCAUAGGACACGCUGACGGCCAGCGCAAGACUGUAAUGGAGGGACAUGACCUGCGAGGCGAGUGGAUUGCCAAACAAGGACGCCAGUGGGCCGAAGCAGCCCUCCGGAAGGAAGACAUGGAGAUCUACUUCUUCCGUCUGCUUCUCGAAUGGGGCCGAUUGACCGAUGACCAGAGAGACACGCUGGGAUUUAAACUAUGA